AUGGAUGUCAAGGACGAGACCAAGAUUCAAGACUUUCACUUUCAACAGUGGUUUGGGGGCAUCGCACCGGAUCCCAACAUCUUGUCCCCAACGGAAACACAGGACCAGGGACUCCAAGUAACAGACGAUGCUGAUGACCACGCGGACGAAAUGUGGAACGACCCUCCGGACCUAUUCGAACACACGCCAGAGGACUCGCCCAGCGAGAGCUUUGAAGCCCCACAUGCGACCCAACAAGUGCAUCAGUUUAGUCAUUCCGAACCUAUCGCACCCCGACCCGCACACGACCCGCCUCAGACUCGGCCUGCACAACCCGAAGUGCAAAUGUACACUAUGCAGGCCAACAGUCCGCCUGCGGCCGCCAACGGGCACCAGCAAAUAAAUACUCCUCAGCCAUACUAUCCCAAUGGAGCCGCUUAUUCGACACCCAUGCCUCAGUACACGAUGACGGCAAACCACCAAACCCCUAAUGCUCCUCCCAACAAUGCCGCCUACAACACUCAAUACAUGACAUAUGCCCCUUCUCCGCACCAUGUAUGGCAGGCCAACAACGGGGUAGUUUACCAACCCAACGGCCAGAAUCGACCGAUUUCUGAGCCACCUGUUGACUCAAUCUUAGCGAAUCAUGCGGCCUCUCCUCCGCCACCGCAAGCGACACCUCCGAUAUAUGCCCAUCCUCAGUAUACCAAUUCUCCAGUUUCUGCGGGCUCGCAUCAGCCUCUGCCACCUCAGCAAGGAAACUAUGGCUAUACUUGGACACCUGAACAGCUCCAGAUGAUACAGCAGCAACGGCAACAACGGCAACCUGCAGAGAUACAGUCUAUGCCUCAUGUUCCAUCUCCCGCACCAGCCCAGCCACCUUAUCGGGCAACCGUUCAGCCAAUUUCGCAGAUGCAACAUCGGGUUCAACAGGCACAGAGCGCAAGUCCGAUAACCAUGUCGCCAACGAUGAUGCAUAUGGGUAAUUCGCCAGUGCCGUUCACCGGCCAGUACCAGGAUAUGUUUAGUGUUGGGACGCCGGCAUUUGUUCAAGCGCAACAUUCCUCCAGUAACCCUGCGGGCAUUAACCCCCAGGCGCUUUCGCAGCCCCCGGUAGUUAAACAGCCAAAACUUCAGCAGGUUGAUACAAUUCAUCUGUAUAAGCAGUACAUGCAGCCGCAGAUGAUGGACGCGGCCCCAGCUGAGACCGCAAAGAAACUAAUAAAGCUUUUGACCGCAGAAGAUACUCCCGAAACGGACCCUCAGACUCGACUAUGGCUGCUGACUCGAAUUCGCGACGGUGCGGGCAAGGAGUUCUUCAAGACUUGGGCAAACGACGCGGAUGCUAUGUUUCUCAUUAAAGAAUGGCUACGCUCUGCGACGCCUUCGAAGGACGGCAAAACUGAAGGAGGUAACAACCCUCUGGAAUGGCAGGAGACCAUCAUGCCGCUUCUGCAGGUCAUUGAUCGGCUUCCGCUUGGAAUCAACCAAUUGCGGAAAUCCAAGAUUGGAUCAAACAUAUUGAAACUAGCCAAAAACCCGCCAAACGGAGGUAAGCGUUCUACCCCUAACCCCACCUCAACCCCGAGCGUUUGCGCAAAAGCAGCCGGCAUACUCGCCAAGUCGGUACACUUGCAGAAUGUUGUUUCCAUUCGAGAUUUGGCGUCAACGCUCGAAAAUCGAUACCGGUCCCUCGUGGAUUCGCACCAGGCAACUUCCUCAGAGGAUGGAAAGCCUGCGGCAGGAAAGCGGACAGAGGCCGAUAUGCGCGGAGUUAAACGUAAGUCGGAGACACCUCCGACAAAGUCCGGCGCUCCCGCCAAAAGAGCCGCUAUCACCCCUACACCGUCUCCGGCGGCUCUUGUGGCCCAGCGCCUGAUAGCACAGAAAAAAGAAAAAGAAAAAGAAACGCGUGCUGCGGCCGGAACGGUGACCAAAGAGACCAAGUCGGACUCGUCCUUUUUCACGGACACAAAGCCAAAACCUGCACCAGUCAAACGUGUGCUCCCGAGCUUUACAAAGAAGUCUGCGUCGACCCCUGCUUCAGAUGUUGCCCAACCCUCGAGCCACAAUACGUUCGAAGAGGCGUUGGCGCAUCUGGGUGUUAAACCUAAAGCGGGCACACCAACAGCCCCCGAAGCGAUGGAAGGUGUCGCUCACUCCGCAUCUCGUGCGCCGUCAAUAUCGCUAGAACCCAAUAAGAAGCGCAAGCGGGUGACGUUCAAGCCCGAGGAGCAUUUGGUCGAGGUCAGAUGGAUUGAAAAGGCGAUAUACGAUGACGACCCGGACGCGUUUGGGGCUCAUCAUAGUGUACGCGAUCUGGAUCGAGAUGAGGGUGCUGCUAUGCAUAAACAAUUAGUCUUUGAAGAACUGAUUGAUUGGACGGAGCCAAUCGCGCUUGUCUUGUCAGAUGUUCAACUGCCAGAACGUGGCUUGCAAAGCGAAGAAGCACAUAUUCAAGCGGAGCGAGAAAAGACGGCGCUCCUUGCGCAUUACCAGCCAGGCGCGAUUCCACCAUGGCCGACGGAGAUCCCGGUGCCCAACGUUGACGAUUCGCAGACAAAGAUAAUGCUGGCUGGAGAAGACAUAGACUCGCUGUCUGAAAAACCUGCGUCUGUCGCCGAGUUACUCGCAAAGAUUAAAGCGCCCGCUCCUACUGCGGAAACGCCUGCACCACCCCCAAUGUUUGAAAGUCUGAAAGAUCUAGGGAUCGAUCCCAGCACGUUCACACAAAUGCUUCAGCAACAUAAUAUUGCGCCCGUAAUCCAUCCGGCCGAACAAGCGCCUGCACAACCACCCACGCAACCACGCCACGGUUCUGACUGGACUGGCGAUAGGACGGAGGGUGGAUGGAAUGAGCACGGCCCCUCUGGUUACGAUUACGAGCAUAGCCACCGAUCAAGGUUUGACGACCGAGGCCGAGGGCGACCACUUCGUGGGCGGGGUAGAGGAGGUAGGCCUGAUACUGAUCGCGGCCAGAAGGUCUGCUACUUCUACCCACUUGGAAAUGCGCUCAUUUCUAUCGUACUUGGAAGCUCCUUGGCUGUGUCAGCCUUCCCGUCCGAUGACUUGGACUUGGUCAGUGGUGUACCAAAGUUGACCACGUUGGGAGCAAAAUGCGGCAAGUCGGCGUCCAUCUCGUGUCGCAACACUACCGUUCAGGAGGAUCUCUGCUGCUUCAAUGCACCUGGGGGCCAGUUCCUUUUGACCCAGUUCUGGGAUUUUAGCCCCGCUGUCGGACCUAAGGAUUCAUGGACCAUCCAUGGACUGUGGCCCGACCACUGCGACGGGUCUUACGAUGCGAACUGUGCACCGGAACGGGAGCUUUUCAACAUCACUACAGUCCUUGAGCAGAGCGGUCAGCAAAAACUUCUCAAGUACAUAAACCAGUACUGGCUUAACAACAAUGGUACGAAUGAGGAAUUCUGGGAGCACGAGUAUAAUAAGCACGGCACUUGCAUUAGCACCCUUGAGCCUCAGUGCUUCAAAAAGUCGAGUAAGAACCAGUUCCCGGAGCUCGUUACGUACAUGACGAAAACGGUCGAGUUGUUCCAAGAUCUCCCCACCUACAAAUGGCUCAAGGCCAAGGGAAUUGUUCCGAGCACUACUACCACAUACACCCUCGCUCAAAUCCAACAGGCUGUUGCCGCUAAAACCGGGUUUAUUCCCACUGUCGGCUGCAACAAGCAGGGAUACCUGUCCGAAAUGUGGUACCACUAUGUUGUCCAAGGCUCUGUGGGCACCGGAAAGUUUAUCCACUCUGCGCCUGAUGGCCCAAAGAGCUCCUGCCCUGAGACUGUCUCAGUGGUGAGGAUAUUCGCGGAAAAUUUGAUGCCAAUCACAACUCCUCAGCAACUCGUCGACGAAUACAAACGGUCCGGCGCCUUUGAUCUCCUUCGAAAGAAGUUAUUGACCGAGUUUCAGAAUACGAAAUCGCAUGAAAAAUUCCUGGAACGCGUGGAUGAUAUUGCCAGGGAUAAGUUAAAGGAUGACGUUCACCUUGCCUACAAGAAGCGCGACAAGUUACAUGAAGAGACUAUGAUAGAGUUGGAAAGGUACCCUCUCUGGGAGCGUGCGUUAAAUGACGCCAAGUCGGAAAUACUGGAGAGGCGACCCUUUUACCUGGCUGUCGACGAAGAUUUAAGCAGGAUACUGCAAACAGAAAAGCUCAAUAUGCAAGCACGCGGAGUUCCUAUAAUAUGGCGACCUGGUUCGGGUUUAAAACCAAGUACACCUCAGCCUCCGGCUCCUAUGGAACCUCCACCGCCGCCUCCACCUCCACCAUCUGGGACACCUCCCCCAGUACCUCCACCCCCGACUGCAGUACCUCCAGUGCCCCGGUAUCCUUUCUGGGGCUACCCAGGUAUGCCCUUUCAAGGUUACCCGGGUGCUCCUAUGGGAGGAUAUGGGAUGUAUAGGGGAUAUUAUGGGUACCCGGAUCCAUCUAUGUAUGGAUACCCCGGAGCACAACAGUUUCCCAAUGGCUAUCCCCCUCCUCCAAAUGGGAUACCAACUCCGCCCCCGCCCCGCCUCCAGGAAUAUACGCACCAACGCCAACACCACCCCCGCCUCCCCCUCCUGGAGGAUACCCGAGGCAAGGGCAAGAAGGGCAAGAAGCAGGAUGACGAUGAGUACUGGGAUAAUAUCGGCGAAAGUGUCGCUGCGAAUCCGCUUGCAUCGUCGUCUGCAAAGGACGAUGCACCGACUCAAUCGAAAGGAUUCGGCGCGCUCGAUGUCGCCGACCUAGAUAUUGACGAGAACGAGGACUUUGGUGGCUUGAUGUCUGCCAUUAAAGCCUCGACGGGAAAGAAAAAGGAUAAAAAGAAGAAUAAGAAAGGCGCAGAGCCUGUGGAUGACGUUCCGGCGGAAGCCAACGGGGAUGACGACACCGGCAAAAAGGGAAAGAAGAAGGGAGGGGCUAAGGCUGAAGAGAAGGACGAGGCCGAAGACGAGCCACCUGCUGCGGAGGAAACGGUGACCGAAACCAAGGCGGCUCCACCAGCUCAAACUCCUGCGGCAGCUGAUGGCGGGGACGACGAAGAUGGCGAUGGCGAAGAGGGCGGCAAACUGUUGACAAAGAAGGAGAAGGAGAAGCUCAAGAAAGAAAAGGAGAAGGCUGCGAAGAAGAAAGCUGCUGCUGAAGGCGAGGGCGAGCCAUCGGAGACACCGGCCGCAGCACCUACGCCGGCACCUGCCGCGCCCGCUCCCAAAGCGGAUGAAGAGAAAGAGGAAGACGAGGAAGAUGAAGGUGGGGAGGCUGGUGGAGGGGCAGGCAAGAAAAAGAAGAAAAAGAAGAAGCCUGCUGAGAAAAAGGAGCCUGAGCCUAAGAAGAAAGCGGGCGGAGGUAUUGCAGCCCUACGAGCGCUAAUGGAGAAGCAAAAGCAAGCCGAAGAGGAGGCGCGACGAAAGGAGGAGGAAGAACAGAGGCGCAUUGAAGAGGAGGAGAGGAAGCGGGAGGAGGAAGAGAAGAGGAAGGAAGAAGAAAAGCAACGGCGCAAGGAGAAGGAAAAGGCCAAGAAAGAUCAGCUCAGGAAGGAAGGCAAGCUUCUCACAGCCAAACAAAAGGCGGAAAAGCAGGCAGCGGAAAUCAGGCGCCAGGCCCUCCUUCAAUCUGGCGUCAAGAUCGAAGGUCUCCAAAGUGGAGGCGCUGGCGGGGCACCCAAAAAGGUUGUCUAUGGAAAUAAGAAAAAGAAACAAGCACCUGGUCCCAAGGAUACCUCGACCGUCGCAUCAUCUGAGCGUGCACCCUCCCCACCUCCCGAACCUGCGCGAGCUUCCCCUGAAGUUGCACCGGAGAACGCCGCAAAGGAUGACUGGGAUGCCAGCAGUGACGAAGAUCCUGCCGUGGUAGAAACCAAGCCAACCACUGCCCCUGAGGUCAAAGACGAUUGGGAUGCCUCGUCUGAGGAAGAAGCACCCGCGAAGCCUGAGCCCAAGGCACAGACGGCGGCGAAGGAAGCUCCUGCCCCAGCAAGCAAACCCAAAUCCGCCCCUGCCACUAAACCCGCUCCUGCCACCAAGCCCACUCCUGGAGGUAAGGCAGCUCCUCAAAAGGCUCCCCAAAAGACUACCACGAAGAAGCCUGCGAGCGAAUCUUCCUCUUCCUCAUCUUCGGAGGAGUCGAGCAGCUCCGAUGAUUCUUCUGACAGCUCGGACUCGGAUUCUGAAGACGACUCGAGCGACGAUUCGGAGGAGAUGACGGCCGUUCAACGCCAGGCUGCUCAGCGCAAGGCAGAAGCGAGUCAACGACGUGCUAGACGUAUGGAAGAAGCUAUGGCGGCUAGGAGUAAAGACAAUUUGCGUAGUCCUAUUUGUUGUAUUCUUGGUCACGUCGAUACAGGAAAGACCAAGCUUUUGGAUAAGAUUCGUCAAACUAAUGUGCAAGAGGGUGAAGCUGGAGGUAUUACUCAGCAGAUUGGUGCCACAUAUUUCCCUGUCGAUGCUAUCAAGCAGAAGACUGCCGUUUUAAACACAGAUGGAAGUUUCGAUUACAAGAUCCCAGGUCUAUUAAUUAUCGAUACUCCGGGGCACGAGUCGUUCACCAAUCUGCGAUCCCGUGGAAGCUCGUUGUGUAACAUUGCGAUCCUUGUUGUUGAUAUCAUGCACGGCCUCGAACCCCAAACUCUGGAAUCUCUAAGGCUGCUUCGCGAUAGGAAGACACCGUUUAUCGUCGCGCUCAACAAAAUCGAUCGAUUGUAUGGCUGGGAGGCUACACCGGACAAUUCUUUCCUUGAUUCGCUUUCUAAGCAAAAGCCGUCCGUACAACGCGAAUUCGAAAGCCGACUCAAUUCGACCAUACUCGCGUUCUCCGAGCAAGGACUGAAUUCCGUUCCGUACUACGACAACAAGAAUUUCGCUAGGAACGUAUCCUUAGUUCCAACCUCUGCUAUCACUGGCGAAGGUGUUCCAGAUAUGAUUAUGCUCGUGGUCAAAUUGACACAACAGCGAAUGGCCGAGUCGCUCAUGUACAUCUCAGAGCUCGAGUGCACCGUCCUUGAAGUCAAGGUCAUCGAAGGUUUGGGUACAACCAUUGAUGUGGUCUUGUCCAAUGGAUACUUGAGGGAGGGCGACAAGAUUGUGGUCUGCGGUUUGAACGGUCCAAUCGUGACGCAAGUACGUGCGUUGCUUACACCUCAACCUCUCCGAGAAAUGCGAAUUAAAUCCGCAUACGUCCACCACAAAGAAGUCAAGGCCGCACUUGGUGUCAAGAUUGCUGCUCCAGAUCUGGAGAAGGCAAUCGCAGGAUCUCGUCUUUUGGUCGUUGGUCCUGAUGACGAAGAGGACGACCUCAAGGAUGAAGUCAUGUCUGACCUUACGACCUUGCUCAACUCGAUCGACAAGUCUGGCCGGGGCGUGUGUGUACAAGCCAGCACCCUGGGAUCUCUGGAAGCGCUCUUGGAAUUCCUGCGCGUCAGCCAGAUCCCUGUAAGCGGUAUCAAUAUUGGUCCCGUCCACAAGAGAGACGUUAUGCGCUCGGCUACUAUGUUAGAGAAGGCAAAAGAACUCGCGUGUAUCUUGUGUUUCGAUGUAACGGUUGAUAAAGAAGCGGAAAGGCUUGCAGAGGAGCUUGGGAUUCGCUUGUUCAAGGCGGAUAUCAUUUAUCAUCUCUUUGAUGCGUUCACUGCGUACAAUGCUGAGAUCAUGGAAGCGAAACGACGUGACGCUGCACCCAUUGCUGUCUGGCCAUGCCGACUCAAGAUUUUGGCCUGCUUUACCAAGCGCGAUCCGAUCAUUCUGGGCUGCGAUAUCCUCGAUGGGUCGCUUCGGGUCGGAACGCCCCUGUGUGUGGUGAAGACUGAUCCUUCUGGGAAGAAGGAGACUGUUUCCCUAGGCAAAGUUACGUCCCUUGAAAUUAACCAUAAGCCGUUUGAAGUUGUCAAGAAGUCUCAGGUUGGCGCAGGUGUUGCAGUAAAGAUUGAGCAUGCCGUAUAUGAAUCCGCCAAGAUGUUUGGUCGUCAUUUUGAUGAUAAAGAUGAGGUAUAUAGCAUGGUAUCCCGACAGAGUAUUGAUGUUCUUAAGGAAACAUUCCGAAAAGACGUCUCGAUGGAAGAAUGGCAUCUGAUCAAGGGACUGAAGACGUUAAAGCACCACGAGAAGAAACUCCUCAAGAAGGUUGACUUUUUGAACUGGAAAUCUGAUGCAAAUCACCGAGAAUUGAAAGUGAUGCGCAGGUAUCAUGUUCAAGACAGAGAAGACUACACAAAAUACGCACGAUUGGUUGGCUCGGUUCGGCAAAUGGCUCAUCGUUUGUCCUUACUCCCAGCCCAAGAUCCAUUUCGCCACCGAAUGGAGGACCAACUUCUUAACAAGAUGUAUGACAUGGGUGUGCUAAAUCUAGGCACGAAGCUAAGUGAUAUCGAGGCCAAAAUUACGGUAUCUAGCUUUUGCAGACGAAGGCUUGCUGUGAUCGUUUGCAGAAGUAAAAUGGCAGAGACUGUUAGCGCAGCUGUCAAAUUUAUCGAGCAAGGUCACAUUCGAGUUGGCCCGGACACCAUCACCGAUCCGGCAUUCCUGGUGACCCGUCAUAUGGAAGACUAUGUCACAUGGGUAGAUACAUCCAAGGUCAAGAGGACGAUCAUGCAGUACAAUGACGAGCUGGAUGAUUUCGACAUGCUAUAA